AUGCUCGUAGAGGUUCAGCACUUGGAUACCACAAUUCUUUCCUUAAAGGCCGACAAGGAAUUUACCGUUGAAAAUUUGAAACAUAUCAUCAGUCAGAAUAUUCAUAUUCCCCCAUCCGACUUGACGUUGGCAAGUAACGGCGAGGUACUGGAAGAUGGCCACCGUUUUUCCAAUUACUGCUUUGGUGAUGUUUGUAAGGUCCUUCUCUUUCUUCGAAGAGGUGAACAAAUCCGGAUUAAUAUUGAGGUUGACUUCGGCAAGGGAAAGAUGAUUUAUAUUCCUGUUUGCGUGAACUGGUCGGUUGGAGAGUUUAAACAGAAGCUUCAAAAGACAAUCAAAGAUAAGCUAUUCGACAAAAACAACUUUCUCACGUUUUCUCGCUAUAUCAUGGAGGACGAUCGAACUUUGGAGGAAUAUAAAGUUAAAGAAGGCUCUAGGAUUACAGUCUUCAGCUAUUUAGACCGGGAUGAGAAAGAAAACAGUAGGUUGAAUGAAGUGAAUAGGAAAAAUGGAUUGGAUAGGCCCUAUCAAGGAAACCACCGACAAGAAGCUUUGGAGAAGGAAGCUCUGGAAGAUUUUCCCACAUUUGAAGAAAGCGAAGAGCCGAAUGAAGAUAUACCUUCGUAUGCCACAGACUUGCCACCUUCGCCUUCACCAACUCUUAUGGAAGCAGAUAAGGCUGAACCCGAAACUAAUCAACUCACUGAGUCCAGUAUUCCUCCACCGAUCUCCGAACAACAGUAUCCAUCCAGAAAUUCGCCGCAACUUCCCACUGAACAUUCUCCAAUGAACAGUUCAAUAAAUAAUAGAAACGGGCCAGAAUCACCAGGACCAUGGCAGACCGCUAUGGAGCCCAAAACAAUCGUGAUUCCUGGAGGUUUUCGUCACCGUCCAGGAAGGUCCGUAUUCAACAGAAAGCCCAUCAGUGAAAGCCCUAUGCUAGAAAAGAGUAAAAGUACUGAUAAGAUGGAAGUCAACUUCACAGAUGGUUCCAGAAAGAUGAUCAUAGAACUUCCAACAACAGCCACAGUAGCGGAUGGUCUAGAGGCCGUGAAAUCCAGAAUAUCCGACAGUGACAAGGAGAGACUGCGCUUAUUUAAAGGCUGUGUCCAAAUGGAAGGACAUCACCCCUUAAGCCAGUACGGAGUUGUACAUGCAAGUACCCUUGUAUUCAAGAAGCCUGGGCCGGUGCGGAAAUUUUAA